AUGUCUCCUCAUAAUCAGCAGGGAUACAGUCAAGACGCGUCAUCGCUCUCUGGGCCAGUGCGACAGCGGUCAAAACAAGCAUGUCUCCCUUGCCGGCGCCGCAAGAGAAAAUGCGAUGGAAAUUUACCAUGCAAUAUCUGCAAAGGGUAUGGAUACGACUGUGAAUUUGGUAAUGGAGUCCAAUCAACAAAUCUCAAACGACCUGUGCCUUCAGAUGGGUCACCCAAGCCUAGGAAAACGACCCGCUCUACUGACCCUCAAGAGCCUCCCAAGCAACACAUGGAAUCCUCCGUACUCCCUGGAAUCCUUGAUCCGUCAAAAGCUCGAUACGUUGGAAGGUACUCAUCCAUCGCUUUCCCACUUUACGUCGGUUUGGAGGUUCAGGCGACUAAAAUUCCACGUCUGCACUCGUUUGCAUACCACACAGGUAUUCGCAAGGAGCCGCCUUGUGCGGUGACUUUUAAGGCUGCUCAGAAGAUUCCAUGGAAUACGAUGAGAAGUCUUCUCGAAGUUUAUACAGCUACAGUCCAUCCUGUGUUUGGCUUCUUGGAUAUGGAUCAAGUCUACAUGCUGUGUGAGAGGCAUUGGCAUGGACAGCCCCAAGAUAUGGCCUUCGAGGCUAUGAUCAGUGGAGUCGUCGCAACGGCUUCAUUAUUCAGUGGAACCUUAGACCAGGGCAAAGAAAUGUGGUUCAUCUUGCAUCAGAAAGAGAUCCUAGAAGAUAGCGUGAUAAGUCGCUUCCCUUCAUUGGAACAGAUUGCAGCAUGGACUUUGCGAACCAUUUACAUGCGCUGUACUGCGAGGCCACAUGUAACCUGGCUGUCAAGUUGCACGGUCAUGCACUUGAUUGAGGCAGCUGGCUUGCAUCGUGCAUCUGAAUACGUGAUGCAGACGACUGGUAAUGCGACACCGAGUACAGAGAUGUUCAACAUGGUCAACCGGACGGCACAAGUCGCAACGUGUCUCCAUAUCCUGAUUUCUUUCGAAUAUGGAAGAUCUAUCAUCAGCUUGAACAACCAUAUUCUCGAUCAUCUGCAGCCCAAAGAUGGAGAAAAGGAUCUGACUUGUCAAUUGUGCAGUCUGGUGGCUGCUGUUCCCAUAAUGCCGCCCGGGGAUCCUUUGUCAAUGAUGGAAGAGCUCUUCUCCUCUUUAGACACGAUAACCGAUCUCACUGUGGACCAUGACUUCCUUGUUCUACUACGUGCGGACCUUGUCUUAGGUAUAUACCGUCGGCUUCGUGUCAUGGAGUCGAAAUUUCAACAGGGACAUAAUGACCGUGUGAUUGCUGCAGGUACGGCAGCCCUACCAGCCGCACGGAGGUUAGCUAGCCAAAAUCAGCCUUGGUGGAAUGUCAUCGGAACUGCAUUUCAAUUCGCGUGCACUCUUCUGGUGAUGGACACCCCCACAAGCUGCGAACUCCUUGUGGAAACCAUGGACACAUUGGAAAUGAUCGUAGAUCACCUGGACACACACCUGGCCAAAGAAGCUCUUUCGACGGCGCGUCAGCUCGUCCGGGCUUCGUUGGAUAAGAAGAAGAGAGGUGUCGAAGCCCUCGAGCGCAUAGCUCGAGAUGCCUCACCUGACCCAGCCUUUGGCGGAACAAAUGACCACCUUCAAAGUGAUAUUGCAGCGCUGAGUCCAUCACUUGCGGCACCGCUGCCACUUGAUCUGGAUUCUCUGUGGGCUAUGGAAUUUCAACUUCCAUUAUGA